AUGCCUGCUUCUAUAUCAGUCAAAUUAGUGGCUGCUGAAUCUCUUUAUAAAAGAGAUGUCUUCAGAUCUCCUGAUCCCUUCGCUGUCUUGACUAUCGACGGAUACCAAACCAAAUCAACCUCAGCUGCCAAGAAAACAUUGAAUCCAUAUUGGAAUGAAACUUUCAAGUUCAACGACAUAAAUGAAAACUCAAUCCUAACCAUUCAAGUCUUCGACCAGAAAAAAUUUAAGAAAAAGGAUCAAGGGUUCCUUGGUGUAGUCAAUAUUCGCAUUGGUGAUGUGCUCGGUCAUUUGGACGAAGAUUCAAUAUCCAAUAACAACAACAACAAUAAUAAUAGAAUAAGAGAAGAGACUAUCACCAGAGAUUUGAAAAGAUCUAAUGAUGGUAUGAAUGUUAGCGGUAGAUUAAUUGUUGUCUUAUCUAAACUGCCAUCAUCAUCAUCAACAACAACAAUUGCAGCACAAUCGAAUUCACGUUCUUCUGCAUCCGCAAAUGUCACUGCUUCUAAUGCUUCAAAUUCUACUUCUUCUUCAACUCAAAGAAGAACUACUGCACAGGCUGUUGAAUCUACAUUACAAAGUGGUUCUACGGCAGCAGCAGCCACAACAGCGACAGCAGGAACCUCAUCGACAACAUCAACAACCACUAAUAAUAACAACAAUAAUAAUAAUAGUAAUAAUAAUAACAAUAUGCAUGAUCACGCUAGUAGACAAUAUUCCUCCUUCGAAGAUCAAUAUGGAAGAUUGCCACCAGGUUGGGAAAGAAGAACCGACAAUUUCGGUCGUACCUAUUAUGUGGAUCAUAAUACAAGAACUACCACUUGGAAACGUCCAACCACAGAUCAAAAUGAACUUGAACGUAAUAAUCAGUUGAAUGCAAACACUGAGUUAGAAAGAAGACAGCAUAGAGGCAGAACACUUCCAGGUAAUGCUAAUGGUGCAAACUCGAGCGAAAAUAGUUCCAUCUCCGUACAAGUCACUGGUAACAAUAAUAACACGCCUGCAGUCAAUGGCGCAGUAGCUGCUGCAUUUGCAGCUACUGGUGCUACCACAUCCGGGUUAGGUGAAUUACCAUCCGGGUGGGAACAAAGAUUUACCCCUGAAGGUAGGGCCUAUUUUGUAGAUCACAAUACAAGAACCACCACUUGGGUGGACCCAAGAAGACAGCAGUAUAUCCGUACCUAUGGUCCAACAAACACAACCAUUCAACAACAACCUGUAUCCCAAUUAGGUCCAUUACCAUCUGGUUGGGAAAUGAGAUUAACUAAUACUGCACGUGUCUAUUUCGUGGACCACAACACAAAGACCACAACAUGGGAUGAUCCAAGAUUGCCUUCCUCCCUUGAUCAAAAUGUGCCACAAUACAAACGUGAUUUUAGACGUAAAGUCAUUUAUUUCAGGUCACAACCAGCAUUAAGAAUCUUACCUGGCCAAUGUCAUAUUAAAGUACGUAGAAAGAAUAUAUUCGAAGAUGCAUACCAAGAAAUUAUGAGACAAACACCGGAAGAUUUAAAGAAAAGAUUAAUGAUCAAAUUCGACGGUGAAGAAGGUUUGGAUUAUGGUGGUGUCUCUAGAGAAUUCUUCUUCUUAUUAUCACACGAAAUGUUUAACCCAUUCUAUUGUCUAUUUGAAUAUAGUGCCCAUGACAAUUACACCAUCCAGAUAAAUCCAAAUAGUGGUAUUAACCCUGAACAUUUAAAUUAUUUCAAAUUUAUCGGUAGAGUUGUAGGUCUUGGUGUUUUCCACAGAAGAUUCUUAGAUGCAUUCUUUGUCGGUGCCCUAUAUAAAAUGAUGCUUAGGAAAAAAGUUGUAUUACAAGAUAUGGAGGGUGUUGAUGCAGAUGUUUACAAUUCGUUAAAAUGGACCUUAGACAACCAAAUAGACGGCGUUUUAGAUCUAACGUUUAGUGCAGAUGAUGAAAGGUUCGGUGAGGUAGUUACUGUGGAUUUAAUACCGGAUGGUAGAGACAUCGAGGUCACUGAUGAAAACAAAAAGGAAUAUGUAGAAAAAUACACUCAAUGGAGAAUCGUUGAUAGAGUUCAGGAACAGUUUAAAGCCUUUAUGGAUGGUUUUAAUGAAUUGAUUCCUGAAGAUUUAGUGACAGUUUUCGAUGAAAGAGAAUUGGAAUUACUAAUUGGUGGUAUUGCAGAAAUCGAUAUCGAGGAUUGGAAAAAACACACAGAUUACCGUGGCUAUCAAGAGUCUGAUGAAGUUAUUCAGUGGUUCUGGAAAUGUGUCAGUGAAUGGGAUAACGAACAAAGAGCAAGAUUGUUACAGUUCACCACCGGUACAUCAAGAAUACCGGUCAAUGGAUUUAAGGACUUGCAAGGUUCUGAUGGUCCAAGGAGAUUUACUAUUGAAAAAGCAGGGGAAUGCCAACAAUUACCUAAAUCACACACUUGCUUCAAUAGAGUCGACUUACCUCCAUAUACUGAUUAUGAUAGCUUAAAACAAAAAUUGACAUUAGCUGUUGAAGAAACUAUUGGUUUUGGUCAAGAGUGA